AUGCUACUGUGUAUGCGGUUCUGUAUGCCCUCCGCGGCAGCUCUAUUCGGAUCGUUGUGCCAUGGCUGUCGCAGCCGGGCGCGUAGUUUGUCAUUCCGGGGCUGUAGUUGGUCGCCCCGACAGAACAGCCGGUGGAACAGUCAGGAUUCAAUUGACCUACCUACUGCAGAGAACCCACGAAUUCUCAUCACAGGAGGCCUUGGCCAGUUAGGUGUGGGGCUUGCAGAAAUCCUGAGGAAACAGUACGGAACAGAAAACGUUAUCCUAUCGGAUAUUAAAAAGGCUCCACCAGAAGUGUACAGAAGUGGCCCGUUUGUGUAUGCUGACGUGUUGGACUAUAAGAACCUCAGAGAAUUGGUGGUGAAUAACCGCAUCACCUGGCUGGUGCAUUACAGCGCUCUACUCAGUGUUGUAGGAGAGGCCAAUGUGGCCCUGGCACGCAAGAUCAAUAUCACAGGCCUUCAUAAUGUGCUGGACCUGGCUCUGGAGAGCUGCUUACGUCUCUUUGUCCCUAGCACCAUCGGAGCUUUUGGCCCUUCUUCUCCCCGUGACCCUGCACCUGACCUGUGUGUCCAGAGGCCUCACACCAUUUAUGGGGUGUCCAAAGUGCACGCCGAACUGAUGGGGGAGUAUCUUCAUCACAAGUAUGGACUGGACUUCCGCUGCCUACGCUAUCCUGGCAUCAUCUCAGCUAACACACAAACUGGGGGAGGAACAACAGACUAUGCUGUACAGAUUUUUCACGAUGCACUCAGCACAGGUCACCACGAGUGCUAUUUACGCGCUGACACACGUCUGCCCAUGAUGCACAUUGGUGACUGCCACCGUGCAACUGUGGAGUUCAUGCAUGCCCCGGAAUGCCAACUGUCGCUGCGCACGUACAACAUCGCUGCCAUGAGCUUCACCCCCGAGGAAGUUUCCACGGAAAUACGCAAGCACCUGCCCCACCUCAAGGUCACCUAUAACCCUGACUCUGUCCGCCAGACCAUUGCGGAUAGCUGGCCAGUGAGGUUUGAUGACUCCAAUGCACAGAGAGACUGGGGCUGGAAGUCGACCUAUGGGCUUGAGGAGCUUGUCUCAGACAUGCUAAGCUCCAUCCAUGACAAGAAGACCAACACCGGACUGCCAGACAGCUAGCAGGCCCCACUCUCAGAGACUGACCUGCCAAUCACUAUUCCCUUAAAUCCACUUCAUUCUGGGUCUGCCUAUCACAACAGACCCUCUUUAACCUUAGCAUAAUUUCCAAACCAGGAACCUUUUGUAUGUCAGGAAUAUUCUACCAAUAAACCAGGGACUAUUUUCAAACCAGGAGUCUUCAGCCAGAACCACUCAACUUGCCACGACAGUGGACACUGAAACCACACACACACACACAUGGUAGGCAGCACACGCUCUCAUAAUAGCAGCCUUACUCAUUACAGUCAAUCAUUCUCUUUUGUUGUGACUUUCUUCAGUUUCUGUUGUUUUAAUUGUGAUAGAGAUCAUUUAAGUAUCAUAGCAGGUUUAACAUAAGCCUCAAACCUCUGGGGGAAAUAGACUUCAGGCAAAUUAUUUUACAUAUAGUUAAGUCAAAUCAAAUUAUAUUUGUCCCAUGCGCUGAAUACAACAACGUUACAGUGAAAUGCUUACUUACAAGCCCUUAACCAACAAUGCAGUUUUAAGAAAAAUAAGUGUUAAGUAAAAAAUAGAUAAGUAAAAAAAAAUGAAAAUAAAAGGUACAAAUUAUUAAACAGCAGCAGUAAAAUAACAAUAGCGAGCCUAUAUUCAGAGGGUACCUGUACAGAGUCAAUGUGUGGGGGCACCAUUUAGUCAAGGUAAUUGAGGUAAUAUGUACAUGUAGGUAGAGUACCCCUACCAUCAGUUUACCGUAUCUUAAGGGGUUGGCUUUCAUUUCCCUCUUGGCCUGCUGCAUUAGGGUAGUAUAGAGGGCACAGUGAAAUGACACAGCAGCAGUGAGAGAUAUAGGGAAACCUAUCAGGCAUAAUGGAUGCAGAAGAAACAGAAAAUCCACAAUGUUUAUAGAAAGGCCUGCCUUUACAGCACAACUUCAGAAGAUGUUAAAAUAUCUUCAUAUUUCUUUACAGGCACAGUGUUAUUUUGGGUACAAAUGGGUACCAAAUAAAUUCAGAAUUGAAGCCUUGUUUUUAAUUAAAGACUUAUUAGAAAUAUAUUUGUGGGUAAUGAACAAAAUUGCAGUGUACUUUCGAUCAGGAAUGGAAUAAAU